AUGGAAGAACUUGCGGACUAUUACUAUCUUGGAUUCUAUCAGAAAGUUGCGACUGACGGAUCUAAGCCAGAAAUUCCAGAAGAAGGACAAUUUAUGGUUUAUAGAUCAAAUCUUGCUCUUGGAAAAGUCGAUUAUGUGAUAAAUCAAACAAGAAGAGGCGAUUCACCUAUGGCAAAAGGAAUUAACAUUUUAGCUAAUGUAAUGAAAAUGGAAGAUAAUGAUACAAAGGUUAAAUAUAUUACAGAUAAUUUUGAUAUUCAAGCGAAAAACGGAAGUCAGUACUACACAAUCUGCAUUGCUAUUUGCUACUUAUUAUGCAACAAACCCGGCGAUGCUCUUGAACUAAUUCACGAUCUUAAACACCCAGAAGCAGGAAUGAUACGAAUUCAAGCAUUAUUAGCACUCGACAGACCAGAAUUAGCAUCCGAGGAAAUUCCUAACAUUAGUAACAAAGCAUUAUCUGAUAUUGCACAAGGAGUUGUCGCAAUUCGUACCCAAGAAAAUCUUAAUAAGGCAAUCAACGAUCUUCUUGACCAACACGAUAGAUACUCUCAAUUAGUAUCACCUCUACUUGAUAGUUUAAUCGCUACUUGCCGUUUUCUUCUCAAUGAGAAGGAACUCGCAAUUGGAGACCUUGCACAGGACGUAAACCAGUUUCCAAAUGAUCCUAAUGUUAUUAUUAACGAUUUUGUUCUUUCAAUUCCUUCAGCAGACGCAAAACAAAUUUCAGAUAAAGUUGCGUUAGUUAAUUCUACGAAAUGCCAGUAUUCCAGCAAUAUUGCUCAAAUGUUGGAACAAUUCGACCAAAAGGCAGCUGAAAUUGCUGAAUAG